AUGGAUGUCGCAGCUCAAAAUAUCCUUCUCUUUGGGGACCAGGCAGAUGCCCCAUUGCCCAUGAUUCGCCGAAUAGCCGAAAAAUCUCGCCAUUCUAAGAAUCUUGAAUCAUUCCUUCAAAGCGCCAUUGAUAAUGUGCAACUGGAAGUCUCUAGACUUACUCCUGCGGAGCGGGACACUAUUGGACCAUUCCACUCGUUGCAGGGCCUCACGAAUGCCUUGAAAAGAAACUCUGACCGUCAUGGAAUUGCACAAAUGGUCUCAGUCUUUAUCGCACGUGUAGGAGAGUUGAUUCUACAUGCAGAAAGCGAUCCAGCCCUCCUGGACAGCUCGACGCCACUGCUCUCUCUUGGCAUUUGCGGGGGCCUUCUUCCUGCCGCAGCUGUUGCAGUGGCGACCAACAUCCACGAGUUGGUAGAGGUGGCCAGCUAUCUCGCCCGAGUUAACUGCCGAGUCGCGGUCGUGAUAUCUAGGCGCUCGAUGGAGAUCGAGAGUGGAACCGGGAGUUGGGCGUUUUCGGUUCUAGGGAAAGUUGUUGCACAGCUCCCGGAUAUCUUAAAAGAUUUCCACAGAAAACAGUCGAUCCCGCGCCAUAGACGAGCUUGGAUCGCCGUCAGCACACCCACCUGGGCCACAGUCUUUGGACCCCCUUCCGUCCUUUGCAAGCUGAGAGAAACUUCCAUCACGUUACAAAAGAGUGACACAGCCGCAUUACCGGCAUUUGGGGCCGUACAUGCGGCUCAUUUGGCGGCUCCCGAGUUCGGUGAACUUGUGGGCGAAAGCCCUUUACUCAACAAACCCCUCAAAACUGGCUAUAGGCUCCUUUCCGGAAGUACGUAUGCACCCUAUGUCGCGUCUACCUUGAAAGACCUGCUUCCCCAAAUCAUGCUCGACAUCUUUCAGAAUGAAACUAAUCCGGCUCGUCUCUUCGAGGUGGCGGGGUCAUAUCUACGAAAGGGGAGAUCUCCUUCGCUCUACAUGCUGGGUGCUACUAGCUAUCUAGUUCUUCUGCGCCGGUCUUUACACGCUCAGGGGUUUGAGGUGAAUCUCAAGACCAAUCCACCUAGUCUGCAGACCGCAGAACUUCGUGGCGGCUCUGGAUCAGUGGCUGUUGUCGGCAUGUCCGGUCAGUUUCCAGGGGCUUCAAGUGUGGACGAGAUGUGGGAAGUGCUCAUGCGGCGAGAAGAGCUUCAUCAGAAGAUUCCUACAGAGCGGUUCAACGCCGAUGAUUACCUGGAUGAAACAGGUCGUGGUCUCAACGCGAUAGCCACUGCCUACGGUUGCUUCCUGGAGAACCCAGGUCUCUUCGACUAUAAGAUGUUCAACGUCUCGCCGCGGGAAGCAAUGCAGAUGGACCCCGGACAAAGGCUUCUCAUGCACGGCGUGUACACUGCUCUCGAGGACGCAGGUCUUGUCACUGGUGGCACUGCAUCUGCUGACAACAGACGCAUUAGCACAUACAUAGGCGAUGGUAGUGACGAUUGGCGAGAACUUCAGCAACAACACGGCGUGGACAAGUACAUUCUCCAAGGGACCCAGCGAUCCUUCACCCCCGGACGUCUCAACCACCAUUUCAAGUGGGAAGGUGCCACCUUCUUGGUCGAUUCGGCAUGCGGCUCGACAGCGUCUGCGGUAGGGCUGGCAUACAGGGCCUUGAUCAGCCGGGAUUGUGACACUGCCGUUGCAGGCGGGGCAAACAUCAUCGCCACGCCUUUCUGGCAGUCUGUCCUCAGCAAGGGUGGCUUCCUGUCCAAGACCGGAGGCUGCAAGACGUUCCGCAACGACGCCGAUGGUUACUGUCGGGGAGAAGCGAUCGGAGUGGUUGUGCUCAAGCGUCUGGAAGACGCUCUCCAGGACAACGAUAAUAUCAUCUCCGUCAUUCGUGGCUACGCUAGAAACCACUCGGCGGAUACCGUCUCGAUCACUCGACCCCACGUUCCGGCGCAGGAACGUGCCUACCAAGCCGUUCUCCACGCUUCUGGCCUGGAGCCAGAUGACAUUAGUUACGUGGAAAUGCACGGGACGGGAACCACUGCGGGAGACUCUGCCGAGCUCGAGUCUGUUGUCAAUGUUCUUGCUCAGAAGAACACAAGGGGAACGCCAUUGGUCGUCGGGGCCAUCAAAGCGAACCUGGGGCAUUCUGAGGCGGCAUCGGGCAUUUCCUCCUUGAUUAAAGCGUCCCUUAUGUUUCGCAAGGGAAUCGUUCCUCCUCAAGUAGGGCUUCCCGAGAAAAUGGGGAACUUUGACUGCCUUGCCCGUGGCUCCGUCCUCAUCCCUGGCGACCCAGUUUCUUUCACACGACAAAGUGUUGGAAGGACUCGGGCCAUGAUAGUGAACAACUUUGAUGCUGCGGGGGGAAAUAGUUGUUUUGUAUUGGAAGAGCCACCUAUACCUUUACCGAAAGGCUCUGACCCCCGCCCCUAUCAUGUCGUUACCAUUUCGGCACACUGCCAACGUUCACUCGAGGAGAACAAACGGCGAUUGCUCCAGUUCCUCACCGAAAACAACAACACCAGUCUCGCAGACCUGUCGUAUACAACGACGGCUCGCCGCAUGCAUCACACAUUACGCUCUGCAUAUACUGGUGAUGGUAUUCAAGACAUCAUCAACAGCCUGGCCCGUGAUCUCGGUACCAAUAACCGUGAUGAUAAGACUGGGGAGCCUCGUGUCGCGUUCGCAUUCACCGGUCAAGGGGCACACUAUGCUGGCAUGGGAGCAGAUCUGUUCAAGCUUUCGCAACCAUUCCUGGCAACCAUCACUAGUCUGCAGAAGAGCUGUGUGGCACACGGGUUUCCUCGGUUCGCACAUCUCAUCUCGGAUCCGUCUACCCCAAUGGAGAAUGUCAGCACGGCGCAGGUUCAUCUGUCCUUGAUUGCCCUGGAAAUCGCACUCGUGGACCUGUGGAAGCUCCUGGGUAUUUCCCCGGACCUCGUCAUCGGCCACAGUAUUGGUGAAUAUGCCGCGCUGUAUGCGGCGGGGGUGCUUUCAGCAACAGACGCUAUGUACCUGGUGGGAACACGGGCAAUGCUCUUGCAGGACAGCCUGGAAGAGGGUGUCCACGGAAUGUUAAGCAUCUCGGGAACACAGCAAGACAUUGCGGCCAUUGUCUCAGAUAAGAGCGUCAUGUUCAACUGCGAGGUAGCCUGCUACAACACCCCAGGCAUGGUAGUACUUGGCGGCCAACGACCACGGCUUGCAGAAAUCGAGGAACUGCUUACAGCAAGGAAGUUCAAAUGCAAGAUGCUGGAUGUUCCAUACGCCAUGCACACGAGCCAAACGGAUACCAUACUGCGAGGAAUCCGUGAGGCCGCCCGGGGCGUGCGCUUUGGCACUCCGAGAAUCAAGGUUAUCUCAACCUUGACGGGCACAGAGCAGCAACACUUUGAUGGCGACUAUCUCGCGAGACAAACAAGAGAGGCUGUCAAGUACACCCAAGCCAUAUCGCACUGUGUCUCUGAGGGUCUCGUCGAUUCGGCUACGCUGUGGCUAGAAAUUGGACCCGCUCCAGUAUGCCUGGGACUUAUCCGUUCAAACACCAACGUGGCCUCGCAUCGUGCCAUGGCUAGUUUGAAAAAAGAAGACCAGGAUUGGAAGUCUAUUUCAUCAGCUUUGGCAUGUCUCUACGUGGCUGGUAAGGCAGUCGGCUGGCGGGAGUACCACAGCGACUUCAUCGACAGCCUGUCACUCAUCUCCCUGCCAUCCUAUUCUUUCGACACCAGGAACUUUUGGAUGCCAUUUACGGCUGGCGGCAAGCACCAAGAUGUACAGCCCAUUUCCACGUGUUUGCAUCAUCUUGUGAGUCAGGACGAUGACGGCAAAGGACAAUCGGCCACGUUUACGGCCGUCGUAUCUCAGCCGUCCCUACUCCGAAUGAUUCAAGGCCACAAGCUGUCGGGGAUUACAGUGUGCCCCGCUGGGGUAUUCGCCGAAAUGGCCCUCACAGCCGCCCGUUAUGUGCUGACCAACGGGUCGAUGGAUGCCCAAUUUCCAUCGCUUUCGGUACUCGAUAUCCAGAUCGAUCAUCCCAUCACACCCCAAUCUGACUCUCAGCAAAUCAUCCAAGUAAACGUCAGCAAGCCAAGGCAGUCGAGAGACUUUGCCAUUUCCAUUCGGGAUCAAGCCAAGCCUUCUUUGAUAACCGCAACGUGUUGCAUUCGCGAGAGAGAUGAGCAGGAUUUCGACGUGACGCGACAGCAACGACUUGACGUGGUGCGGCCCAAGAUUUCCAAACUCAUGCAAGACGCUGCGGUAGGGCUCGCGAACCGAUUUCAAGGAAGGCUCUUCUACAGGCUGUUUGCGAAGCUCAUGGAUUACGCUGGGCAGUAUGAAGGUGUGCAGGAAGCCAUUGUGAGCAAUGACUUCACCGAAGCUCUGGCCACCAUUCGGCUACCAAAGGCGCAGGACUCGCAGGAGUCGUGUACACUCUCGCCGUAUUGGAUCGACGCCCUCACCCAUCUGGCGGGUUUCCUUUUGAACGGCAACCCCAUGAGCAGCGGAGAUGAUGUAUACAUCGGAACGCACAUGGAGCGUAUGGAGCUGGUGGCGAAGGACUUGUCUCCAGACGUCGUUUACCAGAGCUAUGCCUUUAUCGAGCAUACGCAAGGAUCAGACAACUACCGUGGUCAUGUCUAUAUCCUCAGCGGUGAUAGGAUCGUGGGCUUCCUGGAAGGUGCGCGCUUCCGUAAGAUGCCACGGACCACGCUGCACCGAAUCCUUGGCAAGGUGGAACCUCGCAAGGCGGCCAAGGAGAUAACUGCGGUAACUGCGGCCACUACUACUAGCCGGUCCAUUCACAGUGCUACGGCGCCACCCGUAAACGGCACCAACGGCGCCAACGGCACUAACGGCACUAACGGCACCAACGGCACUAACGGCCACAACAAGACGAUGGAGUCAGUGCUGGUAGAGCGUCUCAUUGAGGAAACGGGCAUGGAAGAGAGCGAACUCCAGCCGUCGACCUUCUUUGCCGAGAUUGGCGUCGACUCACUGAUGUGUAUCUCCAUCCUGUCCGACAUCAAGGCCGAGACCGGGUUCGAGCUAAACGCCUCGUUCCUCCUCGAGUAUCCCACGCUCGGGGACGCACAGCGGCAACUGCGCAUGCUGGAGCGGAAGAAUGGCAAUGGCGCAGACGGGGUAGCGGUCGCGGAGCCGGAGCCGAAGCCGGAGCCGAAGCCGGAGCGCAAAUGCAACGUCGUCCUCAUGCAAGGACACGCCGAGUACGAGUACGAGUCUUCCAGCAGCAGCGCGCCGCCCCCCCUGUUCCUGAUGGCGGACGGCGCCGGCUCCGCGGCGGCCUACAUCCACCUGCCAAAGCUCGGGGGGCCUGUCUACGCCGUUGAGUCGCCAUGGGUGCGCGACCCGGCUGACUUCACCUGCAGCUUCGACGAGGCCGCGGCGCUGUAUCUAGCGGCCGUGCGGGCGAGGCGGCCGCAUGGGCCAUACCUACUAGGCGGGUGGUCGGGCGGCGGCGUCUUCGCUUACGAAGUGGCACGGGCGCUGCUCGCCGCGGGCGAGCGCGUGCUGGGCCUCAUCGUUAUCGACAUCCUGGCGCCCAGCCUCCUCCCCCCCUCCAGAGUGGUGACGGAGCCGACCAUGGACAUCAUCAACCAGAUCGGCAUGCUCAGCGGCAUCGAGCGCAACUUCGCGGACAAGUCGGCGAGCCCCGAGGCCGCGCGCCUCAAGCGCCACAUGCUGAGCACCGUCACGUGCUUCAGCCGGCUGGUCCCGAUUCCCAUGCAGCCCCAUCUGCGGCCGGAGCAUACCUUCGUCAUAUGGGCCAAGAAGGACGUCCUGCCCAAGGCCGCCUACGACAAGCUGCCUCCAGGGCUGGACGCUUGGUUCUACCCGUCAUCACAUGACCUGGGUCCCAACGGCUGGGAUGCUCUAGUUGGCGACACGGUAGAAUACUGUCAAGUGGAAGGCGAUCACUUCUCCAUCAUGACGGCCCCGGAGGUCUCGGAGCUUGGCAAGGUUAUACAGGCUGCACUUGCCAAGUGCAAAGUGUAGGAGGCUACGACAUCAAUAUCCCUAGCGCCAUUCCUUGAACUAGAUUAGGUAUUCAGCUGUCAUAACGUUUACAAUGAAUGUACAGGAGCAAUGGUUUUUUUAUAAAUUUGGAGUCAAUAUAUAUGCCAUAGAUUAGUCUUAAGUCACUCGCGCUUUGCAUGCCAGGAAAUUAGAG